UUUUGACUGGCAGCCGGAUCCGACGACGUGAGGCGGGCAUUGCGCGCGUUCGCGGAGAUCCUGGGAAAGCGAAAUGGAGGGGUGUGUGUCUAACCUGACGGUCUGCAAUCUGGCCUACAGCGGGAAGCUGGAGGAGUUGAAGGAGAGAAUCCUGGCCGAUAAAUCCCUGGCUACUAGAACUGACCAGGACAACAGAACUGCCUUGCACUGGGCAUGCUCAGCCGGGCAUACAGAAAUUGUUGAAUUCUUGUUGCAACUUGGUGUGCCAGUGAAUGAUAAAGAUGAUGCGGGUUGGUCGCCUCUUCAUAUUGCUGCUUCUGCUGGCCGGGAUGAGAUUGUGAGAGCCCUUCUGGGGAAAGGUGCUCAAGUGAAUGCUGUCAAUCAAAAUGGAUGUACUCCCCUCCAUUACGCAGCUUCCAAAAACAGGCAUGAGAUUGCUGUCAUGUUACUGGAAGGUGGCGCUAAUCCAGAUGCCAAGGACCACUAUGAGGCUACAGCAAUGCACCGCGCAGCAGCCAAGGACACUUAGCCUGUGACGAGGAGAGAGUGGAAGAAGCAAAACUGCUGGUGUCCCAAGGAGCAAGUAUUUACAUAGAAAAUAAAGAGGAAAAGACGCCCCUGCAAGUGGCCAAAGGUGGCCUGGGUUUAAUACUCAAAAGAAUGGUAGAAGGUUAAGCAGCUUGGAUUUAUUCUUAAUUUUGUAUGUUUUUUUGUUGUCCCCAGUGUCCUGGAAACUAAUGUACUUGUGCAUAAGGCAUCAUUAAUGAAUGAUGAAGUUUUCUCACCAUCAAAGUCUUACAAACAUGUUAACUAUUGUUCCUGCUGAGGUACUUGUUCUAAGCUUAUAACUUGCUUUCUAGGCAUGGAAUAACUGUUGAGAUUUUUCUGCUGUUACCAUGUAGUAUUCUGUAUUGAAUUUUGGUUAACUUUGAGUAUGUGAUUCUGUGGCUGUCAUAAGUCUUCAGCACCCUCCCAUGCACCUUCUGACCCCCUCUGAGGCAGAACAGUGCAACAGAACAGGUCAGUUGUUUUGCCAGAUGGUUCUAAGUGGAUUCUAUAAUGUUCAGUUGAAACACAUCCUCACUUGUUUUUCAAGCCUCACUCAGGCCUAUGCCAAAUAUUUCUGUUUUUUCAACCGUGAGGUUUAAGUUAUUUUUGUGACAGGCCAUGUAUUUUAGCGGACCAAAUUUUAAGUUGGAGGGCAUGCUCUAAAAAAUUGAAAAACGAUAGCCCAUGUACCCACGUAUUUCUUUAAUGACGCUUUUUCUCUCAAAAUAACAUGGAUGGUUUUUUAAAAGGAAGUUCUAAGGUACCUGUACUGAGUCAUACUUUAUGAAAAAGAACGUCAAGCUUGUUAAAACACGUAACAAAAAUGUACUUUGAUUUGUAUUUCAGAAACUAAAAAAUAAAAUGUUGAAA